AUGGAAAAGAAAGAACAAAAGACCAAAUUGAAGCUUUGCUCAACGAAGCUGACAUUAAACUUGAUAGAGUGGAUCAAAUUGUAUCGAUUCACGAUCACAUUAUCAGUGCUACAACAAUUUAAUAGGAUUAUAUUCUUCCACAAAAGUUUGAAAAUAAUACUAGUAAUAUUUUAUUUUCACUAUGUUUUUAGAAAAAAGAAUUCCUAA